ACUUUUUCAGAUCAAUAUCUUGGAAUUAAACAUUUUUUGAGCUGCAUUAAAUUUCCAAAAAUAUGAAUUACUUCUCUAUAUAUAUCAUCAUUAUUUGCUUCUCAUUGGCAACAUCGCUCUACACCUCACGCUGGCAAAACGCUUACAAAUGCGAUUUAAAUUCAAUAGCGCCUCGUUGCUGCAUAGACAUCAGUAAAAUUGUAACAUUUUUGGAUAAUACGGUCUGCUUACUCGAAGACACCACCAUGGGCGAACCGCGUCGCUACUCUCUACUAAUAGAUGAUUUCCCCGUUUGUACUGUCUACAGAUCGGGUCCAUGCAUACAUGAUGCUGAAGUCUGCAUACUAAUGCGACCGCAUGUCUACGUUUGCCAGACCUCAUUCACGAUUAAAUUCAAAAAUCGCGCAGCGGAAUGGUGUUUCUCCGCGUAUUUGAAAAUCUUCAGUAUUAAAAUGUAUAAAUAUCCGAAGCUUUGCGGCUAUUUUGCCGAACACUAUUUUCUUAUGCCACGUGUCAUUGAGGAUUUAUUGAUCGAUUUGGGUUAUUAGAAAUAUUUGUUUGAAAACAAAAUUGCGUAAGGUGAAAAUAAA